GCUGUGGGGGUUCCACCGUCAAUGUGAACGAAGCAAACAAAACAAAGGUUGUAAGAGAGAAAGAGGAAAGUGAAAUUUGAAAAAGGCCUUAUGCUUUUAAGGGUUUUAUUCUUAACACAGAUCUUCAUAGACAGACAUGUAACAAGCAAGCUCACGGUGAAACUAAGUUGAAGGUUUCAACUUCAAGAUUUGCAUGCUAAUGGGAACUCAAGAGCUCAACUUGAACAUUCAUAAAAAAUCCUGCUCAGUUUAAGUUUGUUUGGUGGAAUAUAAUGAGCUACAAUACCUCCGCUGUAGGAUCUGGCAGUAGGAAUACUACAAGAACAUUUGAGUUUGGAAGGACCCAUGUGGUGAGGCCUAAAGGAAAGCACCAGGCCACUAUAGUUUGGCUGCAUGGCCUUGGUGAUAAGGGCUCAAGCUGGUCCCAGCUCUUGGAAACCCUUCCUCUUCCAAAUAUUAAAUGGAUAUGCCCAACUGCUCCAACCAGGCCAGUAGCAAUAUUUGGUGGAUUUCCAUGCACUGCUUGGUUUGAUGUUGGGGAUAUUUCCGAAGAUGCCCCAGAUGAUUUGGAGGGGCUAGAUGCUUCAGCAGCACAUGUUGCAAAUCUUUUAUCGACUGAGCCUGCUGAUAUCAAACUUGGUGUAGGUGGCUUCAGUAUGGGAGCUGCAACCGCUCUCUACUCUGCCACAUGCCACAUUUUAGGGCAAUAUGGGAAUGGAAACCUGUACCCAAUCAACUUAAGUGUAGUUGUUGGUCUAAGUGGCUGGCUUCCAUGUUCAAGGACCUUGAGGAACCGGAUGGAAAGAUCAGAUGAAGCUGCAAGACGUGCAGCAUCCUUGCCCAUCUUGCUCUGCCAUGGCUCAGGUGAUGAUGUGGUUGCACAUCAACAUGGAGAGAAAUCAGCACAAGCAUUAAGUUCAGCUGGAUUCCGAAAUCUUACAUUUAGAAGCUAUAAUGGGCUUGGCCAUUACACAAUCCCUGAAGAGAUGGAUGAAGUUUGUAAUUGGCUUACCACGAGGUCAGGUCUCGACGGGCCACGGUCUUAAAAAAGAACUGUCAAGGAGCAAGGGCACACGGGGUUACAGAAGAAUGUAUAAUGGAUAGGAAAGGCAUUCCAGAAUAUAUGCAUGGUGUGGGGUUUGUGGUAUAGAUCAUGGUUUAAUUCAUUAUUCCUCGAUGUCAUUUUCUUAAAUAAACUCCUUUUCUCAGUUGAUUUUCUUUUUUGUUUGGGCUUCCUAUCAUAUUCUGAUGGCUAGCAUGGGCUUUUUUAGUAUUAUUGGGUUUUUUUUUUUUCUCUUUUGCAUCUAGAGAGUUGGAAAGGGGGACAUGGAUGAUUCUUUCAUUCUCUGAAUCCAGGAAAUUUUAUGAGCUAUUUGACUGAGAAUGAUGUAUCUGUGAGGUUACCAGCAUUAGAUGGAUUUCAGGUACAAAGGGCUAGCUAUGGGCUGGCUUCUCACUCUUUCAUGAUGUAUUGUUUCGAUCAUAUCAAGAAGCAUUUAUAAUGUCAAGGCCAGAGAAAGUUUCUUAA